AUGGGUGUUAUCUAUGUGACAUUACGUAGUGCAACGUGGGUACGUUAUGAACGUCGACGACAACAUGUUAAGACAUAUUCACGCGAUGAAAUCAAAGCGAAAGGUCUUGAUUAUAGUGAGCCAACAUCAUUGGAAGAAGAAUAUGAAGAAAUGGUUAAAAAUCAAAAUUUAAGCACAUGGAAACAACAACGAAUUCAACGACCAUGGGCAGAAGAUCCAGAUCGAUGA